GUGACCAGGAACAUCCCUCUCGGUUCCAACGAUCUCCCGAUCACGAGCUACGAAGAUCUGUCAUCCUGUGUUCUCAGAGUCCCGGUUCUUUCUUCGACGAACCUUAGACCGAUGUCCCAGCCAGCAACAUGGCAGUCGAGUCGAGAUGGAUGCCGUGCCAGCUGAAAAUCGAGACGAACAUUUGCAGCUGCGACUACGAUGGCAUCAUCCUCGUGGCAGGCUGCGCGCCGGGUUUCGACGAACCCGAGCCGUUCAGGACCGUGCUGUACGCCGCUGCCCAGAUCGAUUCUGCUUUAGGCGUGAUCGGCGCGGUUUUACCCAUCAAUCUGCCCGCGAAAAGGCUUGUUUAUAGUCCCACCGGCCCGCUGAAUAUGGACUAUCACGAUGUCAGGAGCUUCGCCGAGGCAGCCACCAAAGGAGUUCAAAGAGCACUGAAGGCUGGAGUCAGAUGUCCUCUACUUGCGCUCCUGCCCGACGUCCGCUUCGAAAAUGUGGAGUUAGUGACACUUCUCGGAGCUCUUGAAGGCCUCUACGUGCCCCUGGAGGUGCGAGAGAUAUGCCCGGACCGGUGCUACAAGGCGUGCCAGUUGGCCGUCUGGAGUCCGAUUUGCAGUAAGAAGCUUCAGGGUGUCGUGAAGCUGGCCUCGGCGCUCGAGAGCGGAAGAUACGUCGCGAGGGACAUCGGUGGAGCAGAUCCAGAGAGGAUGGCACCUCCUAGAGUGGAGGAGUAUCUCGCAGAGCUGUUCUGCGGUUCGAACGUGACGAUGCAGGUGGUGUCCGAUCAGGACACGUUGCUCCAGGAGUAUCCACUGUUCGCGUGCGUGAAUCGAGCCGCGUCAAUGAUCCCCCGGCACGCGGGCAGGAUUAUCUUCCUAACCUACGAGCCCCCUAAUCCAGCCUGCGUCCUGGAAACGGUCAUGCUCGUGGGAAAGGGUGUCACUUACGACACCGGCGGCGUCGACCUCAAGAUCCAGGGCACAAUGUUCGGCAUGUCGAGGGACAAAUGUGGGGCGGCCGCGUGUGCCGGAUUCAUGCAGGUGGUGAAUUUACUGCAGCCGCCGACGGUUAAAGCUGUGGCGGCUUUGUGCGUCGUGAGGAACAGCAUCGGCGAGAAUUCUUACGUUUCCGACGAGGUGAUCACGGCGAAAUCCGGGGUUAGGGUACGUGUCGCGAAUACGGACUCCGAGGGUCGCAUGGCGAUGGCCGAUGCCCUUUGUCACAUCAAAGAAAUGGCCCUGUGCUCGGUUAAUCCGCACAUCUUCACCGUCGCGACACUCGCUGACCAUGCGAUGCUCACCGUUGGCAGAGGAUACUCUAUUGCUAUGGAUAAUGCUGUGGCGCGUUUGGUCAGCAACGCGGAGAAGCUUCAAGCGUCCGGCGAGACGAUGGGGGACCCUUUCGAGAUAUCGAGGAUACGCAGGGAGGACUUCAAUUUCCACGAGGGUCUAACAGAGGGUGACGACGUUCUCCAAUCGGACAACAAAGACAGCUUGAAGACUGUGAGAGGACACCAGGGUCCGUCGGCUUUUCUCAUCAUGGCCUCUGGCCUCGACAACCACGGCGCCUGCAGCUGUUCGCCCCUGAAGUACACGCACAUCGACCUUUUCGGUCAUCUGCCGAAGCCUCACCACCUGCCAUACAGCGGCAACCCGGUCCUGGCGUUGUCCUAUUGCUACUUGAUCCAGGGCAAGUGUCUCACGGUCAGGAACGACCUGCCGUACGAGAUGCAGUACGUCUGCGAGAACGAGUGCAGUCCCGUUUGCUUGCAACCCUGCCCGCCCUGUCCACCCUGUCCGGUCCCGUGCGAGGUCAAGGUCCCCUGCUCGCCUGGAACUUGCUGCUGCAAUCCGCCCUGCGACCCUUGCUGCCUGCCCAAUUGUUAUCAGCAACCGCCUUGUCCACCCUGUUACAUGCCAGCCAAUUGUCCACCGUGCGGGGGCGAGCCUGUGACUGUCGUCGGACCCAUCUGCAAACCGAAUGUACAGAAGAACAUCUGCGGUUGACGAUUAUUCGACAAUAAAGUUGUGGGAAAACGGG